AUGGCAACCCACAUAUCUCUAGUGAAGACUCCGCGCCGGUUUCUCUUUAUCGCGUCAAUUGGAAAUCCCCGUCCCUACCGCCAAACUCGUCACAGCGCCGGACAUAUCCUCCUCGAUGCCUUAAUACCUCUUUUACCCAACAGGUUUCCCUUGGUUUCCGCCAAACACCAACUAUCUGCUGGGCCCUUGUUUUAUCGAACAUGGUAUAGCCCAUCGUACAUGAAUGAGUCGGGUCCGAAGCUUGUCCGACAGCUGAAGAACUGGAUAUCAACAACACAGACCGAGAUAUUGGGAAAGGUGAUCAUGCAGGGAAAUGUGGCGCUCUCUAAGACAACUGAGGUCGCAGAUCCUGAGAACCCCGAAUGGCAACGUCGUGGCACUGACCCUCAGUCGCUGAGAUUCUUAGCCCCCACCCUGGUGAUCCUCCACGAUGAACUGGAAGCGCCCUUGGGAAAAGUCAGAGUAAAACGGGGUGGGCCUGAAAAGGCCAGCUUGCGCGGCCAUCGAGGUCUGACCAGCAUCAUGGAGAGUCUACGGGGAAAAGGCUUGCACCCACCGCGUACAAGUCCUGGCGAAACUCGUUCGCAUGAAGACCUUUCUGUAUUGCGAGUAGGGGUCGGGAUUGGUCGUCCAUCCACCCGAAAUCGAGGCGAUGUUGCAGACUAUGUUCUCAUGGAAAUGAACGACACUGAGCUGGCUGCAGUACGUGCAGCAGCUGGACCGGUAUUGGACAUCUUAGCAGAUGAAAUAUACCGUGAUGGUAGCGCGCUGUGA